CUACUUCUAUAUAUUCCAAGCCAAGUCACGCUUUACCUUUAAACGCCUAGACUAAUUACUUCCGCGGAAAUAUUUGGAUGGGACACCAGCAUAAAAAUGGCUGCUUCUGAGUCUGGAUGUGUCCAUUAUGUGCGCAGCUGUUUACUAAAAGCUCCCUGCUGCGGGAAGUUCUAUGUUUGUCGACUGUGCCACGAUGCUGAAGAAAACCAUCAGAUGGAUCGCUUCCAGGUUAAAGAGGUCAAAUGCUCUGUGUGUAACACGGUCCAAACGGCACAGCAGACAUGCCAGCAGUGCGGUGUGAAAUUCGGGGAGUACUACUGCGACGUCUGUCACCUGUUUGACAAGGAUAAGAAGCAGUACCACUGUCAGCCGUGUGGCAUAUGUCGGAUUGGACCAAGAGAAAAGUACUUCCAUUGUGCGAAGUGUAAUCUAUGCUUGGUUAGCGAUCUGCAAGGAAAUCACAAGUGUGUUGAGAAUGUCUCGCGACAGAACUGCCCGGUGUGUAUGGAGGAUAUCCACACCUCCAGAAUAGGAGCUCAUGUUCUUCCUUGUGGUCACCUUCUACACAAAACCUGUUUCGAAGACAUGUGUAAAACUGGCGCGUACCGCUGCCCGCUGUGCAUGCGCUCGGCCUGGAACAUGGAGGACUGCUGGGAGGACAUGGACAAGGAGAUCUCCCAGACCCCCAUGCCCAGCGAGUACCAGGACGCCACCGUUAAGAUCAUCUGUAACGACUGCCAGUCACACUGCACAGUGCCCUUCCACGUCCUGGGCAUGAAGUGCAGCAACUGCGGCUCCUACAACACUGCCCAGGAUGGGGGGCUGGAGCCACGGCAACCGCAGCCACAGCAACAGCAGCAGUCGCCGUAGUGACACAGGAGGAGGACACGCCCGCAUUCCGCUGCCUGCACCAAUCCCGGACUCUGUUCCUGCCACCCAGUCUCCAGCUUCCCGGAGGAAGUCCCAGAACUUCAGGCUGCUCCAAUUAAUUUUGUUUGUUGCUUAUUGUAUACAAUUGGUUUGUUCACAAGGGGUGAUUUGAUUUGUCAAUAUUACUAACUAAACCGUUGCUUAUAAUUGUGUUAAAGGACAUUUUCACCACAGUUGGCUCUAUCCUUUUGUUGCUACUUAUGUUUGCUGUGGGAGUAAUCUUUCAAAUAUUUGAAUAUAUAGCUGUACCAAAUAUAGCCUGAUUGGUAUUCGUAAAUUAUAAAUCAGAUUUUUAUUAAAUUCUGUUGUGGUCUUCAAAAGGGGUCUUCCAGUGUAGCAUUGUAGUACUGUUUCAGCAGCAUCUGGUGAACAUUGACGGUGAUGUUGCAGUGAACUCUUUCGAGAUGAAGCUGACGAGAUGGGGAGCCUCCUGUUGACGCUGAAUCGCUUGAUUGGCAGACGCGUACCUGCAGCUUCACAGAUGAUGAAGAUGAUGGCAGGUAGCAGAAAGUGUAAUCUUCGGCUGGCAGUUAGGGUUGCGCUAACGUGGGAGCCGUGUCAUCGCAUGUGAUGUAUCAGAAUCUUAGGAGUACUCUGACAGAGUAUCAAAUGCAUCACAUUCUGGGUUUAGUAUUGCCAUCUAAACAUGGUAAAUACAUUUUUGGGUGACUUCUUCCUUUAUUAUUUUAGUUGCCACGUGUCGGUGAAAUGGAGCCUACACGUUUUAGAAUGUGAAGUGUUCUGCAUGGAGUCAGUCUCUCUGAGUCUACUCGGAUUGAUCCUUGAAUAUCGUUCUUUUAAAUCCUCUUCCAUCCGUGUCGGAAAUUGCCUGAAAUUUCACUUUCUCCGAUCCGACCUUCGAAUCGCGCCCAUCUCUUGGGUUUUGAGUGCCUGCGGUGGUGUAGCGGUUUGUGUUGGUCCCUCGCAGCUGUUGGAGCUUUAUUCUGCAAUAUUUCACAUAGUCUUUCACAGAGAGCUUUUCGCCCAGCGUCCUACUGUAGUCUUCGAUCCCGAAAUGAAGAAUCGUAGUGGUUCAGCAGAAAUGCAGAUUGAGUGGGGAGCGUUUCUGUCUGUGGGCUGGCUGGAGCAGUGGUGUUCGAACAUGGUGGACUGAACCAUAACCAGGGCGGUGGGGGAGGACCUACAGACUGGGCCCUCCCCUCUGGUCAUGUGACCACCUGCUGUCUGCAAUACUAACAUUGGGGCAAUGAAGGUGAUUUAAUUCACCACUCAUUUCAGUUAGGAUUCUUUCCAGCUUCUUUAUAAUCUGCAAGUAUAUAUUUUUAUUUACCUUGUUACAGCUUCUGUGUUGAAUCAUAUGGUGGUCUUUACGUGCAUUAGUUGCUUGUAAUUUAUUGUAAUUUUUUCCAUUCUCGAGAAACUCAGGAAAGUCAAGUAUAUAUUGAUAUUAAAUGUGUAAUGACAUGCAAUCUGUCAAAAUUACAAGUGUUGUUGAACUUAAUUUUUGUUUGUGAACUUGCAUAAAACCAAGCCGAUUCACGUGACUUCCCAAUGCAGCCUGAUGACAACUAGUUAUUUAAUUAGCUUUAGCUAAUUGAACCAUUUUGUACAAAAAGUCACAUUUGUAUAGAACAAUUAUAUUAUCUCUCUUCCUGCUGGGCUUAUAUUGAACAACUUGGUAUUGCUGAGAGAGGAAUCGUAGACAGAGUGCUUCUUGUAUGGUUUAUUCUGUAGGUAAUGCUUUAUUUGUAAAAGAAAGACAAAUGUAAAUAAAUGUUCUAGAGAGUG